AUGAAAAAUUUACAAACAAUCGUGAAGAUAGCUCUAGCACUUGGUCUCAUUGGUUAUACUUACCAAGCAUUCUAAUGCCCUACUUUAUCUUGUGACUCGCCAAUUGGGGGCGAUUAUUGUUUUUUGCAUUCAGGUGAUAGUCCAGUUACUUAGAUUAGAACAUUCAAAUGUCCUUCAGAUUAAUGGUGUUAUCUAGAAGAUGGAUAGUAUGCUUGGGUCAGGUCUUUUAAUCAAAACAUGUCAAGACUAGACCUAUCUUAUAAGAAUAAUUCUCAGGUAUUUUAUAGAUACACACAGAAACAUUGUGAGGAUAUCACCACAUUCUAGCAAUAGCUCCAAAACGGAAGGAAGUGCCAAGUAAGUGCGCAAUGUCUUAGUAAUACUUGUGAUGAAACAACUGGAAAAUGUAUUGGUAAAACAGAAGGUGUCAGUUGUUCAAGCCAUGAAGAAUGUAAUGUAGGUUUAGCUUGUAAUCCUGAUACCGGUUUUCCAUUUGCUACCACAUGCAAGAAAAUGUUCACAUCUGGAAUUUGUGCAAAUGACAAUGAAUGCGAUUAUACUCACUUCUGCUGGCCUAGUUUGCCUAACUCUAAGCAAAGAGAAUGCCUUUAGCUGUUCUCAUAAGAAAUGGGGAAAAUGUUUGGUGUGCUUUAUGAUGAUUUAAAGUCUCUAUUAGAAAAUAGUUUAGAAGCAGGAAAAUAUUGUAAAUCUGGAAUAGCAGCCAUAAGUACAAAUAAAAGUAUUGCAACUUGUGUUGAAAUUGAUAAAAUAACUACCAAUAUUAAUAGGAAUGAUGUGAACAGUACGACUCCAAUCAGCAGUCCAUAUUACUGCUCAUUAGAAGAUGAACACUUUAAAGCAUGUAAAUAUUGGUACAAAUCUGGUACAGGAGUAAAUUAGUAUAGCUUGAUUGCUACAGAAUACUGUGAUUGUAGUUUAGAUGAAGGAUUGAACAAUAAGAGUAUUGGAAUAUGUCCAUACCCAGGGUAGGAUUAACUUGAUACGUAUGUCGAUUCUUUAUAGCUUGUGCUUCAAUACACUAAAUGCUAAACAGUAGAUUGGAUGAACAUGGCAGCAUAGAAAGAUUGUGGGGUAGGAGCAGUGUAAGGAGGAGAGUUAUAUUCAGCCUGGUAAAAGGCUGUAUAAUCUUAAUUCAAUAUUACUUAUUGGCAAUAUAUUCAAACUCCUACUACUAGGCAAUGCAUGGAAGAAGUUAUGUCAACAAGCCUAACUAACUUAGAAAAAGAAAUAGGAAUAAUAACACAAGUAGGACUUGUUUUGCUAGCAUCUAUUCUAACUUUUAUCUUACUUUGA